CCAAAGCGGAGGGGUAUAAGAAAGGAAGUAAAUUCAGAACGAAGAUAAAGCAAAAUACUACAAGAACUAAGUUAUUGUUGUUUUUAUACCUCCAGUCACGGGUUGCUGCCAAGGCGAAGGCUUUAGGAAGCCUUGGAUUUAAAUUUAAAUCCUGAUUAAAUUGCUGGGAUGAAGAAUUUGGGAUUUAAUUUUUGUUCAUUUAAUGGCAGGUAUUGGAAAUUUCACAGUAAAAAGGAAGACAUUUUUAUUAGACAUAUAAGUGUCUUAAGGCUUCAACAGAGAUCAUUACCGCGUCCAUAAAUGUGUAUUUGGUGUCAUAUGGGUGAAGGCGGAAUUAACAUUUAGCCUUUGUUGAAUACUAGCGGCUGCUGCAUACUUCCUUUACGGCUACAGAAGUCGAUGAAGUCCGCGGGUUUCAAAUUGAGUGCGCGGCUUAUUAUGGAAGCUUAGGCCCAGAAGUUGUAACGUAUUGUUCGAUAAAAGUUUAUAACGGAAAAGGGGAACUGCUUUUAAUAGUAAUCCAGUACGCAGAUAUCUAUAAAUAAAGGAGACAUCUUUCAAGUUCACAAUUUGGGAAAAUGUCGAAUGAUUUCGCGUGUGUUGUGUUGCCAGCUUAGGCUAGCUAACUUAGCAGGUUGACGUUGGUCAAGUUGACUGUUGUUGCUAACGUUAGAUAGUGAAUGGGCUACGUCGGAGAUUUACUUUACACAUCUGAUCCAACGUAUAUGUUUUGAAAUGAAACUUCUGGAGAAUUCAAGUUUUGAAGCCAUAAAUUCCCAACUCACGAUUGAAACAGGAAACUGCCAGAUAAUAGGACGGAUUGAGAGCUACUCAUGUAAAAUGGCAGGCGAUGACAAACAGAUGUUUAAGCAGUUUUGUCAGGAGGGUUUGCCACACGUCCUGGAGGCGCUGUCCCCACCACAGACCUCUGGAGCCAGUCCCAAGCUGAGUCAAAGUGGGCAGAGUGGGGAUGAGGGUGAAGGCCCUCUAUCGGACAAGUGCAGCCGGAAGACACUCUUCUACCUGAUUGCCACUCUCAACGCCUCCUUCCGUCCCGACUACGACUUCAGUCGCGCCAAAAGCCACGACUUCAGCCGGGAGCCCAGUGUUAAUUGGGUGUGCAAUGCGGUGAACAGCAGUCUGUCCUCAGCCGCCGGAGGAGAGUUCAGCCGAAUGCAGGCCCAGCUGUGGCAAGCCAUCGAUGAUGAGAUCUGCCUGUCUGAAUGUGACAUCUACAGCUAUAAUCCGGACCUGGAUUCAGACCCGUACGGAGAGGAGGGGAACCUUUGGUCCUUCAACUACUUUUUCUACAAUAAGAGGUUGAAACGGAUUGUAUUCUUCACCUGUCGAUCGGUCAGUGUGUUCAUGGCCCCACGAGACUCAGGCAUUGGUAAUGACCUGGACCUGGAGCUGGAGGAGGAGGAGGAAGGUAACAUGGAGGAGAGGUAUGGCGCUCUGUGCACCUGAGGGAGCGGGGGAGAGCGCGCUGUGGGAAGACGGGCGUCAGAGCUCGGUGUGAAGCUGCAGCUUCAGUCUCGCUCCCGUUUCUCUGUCUGCGCCCGCCCUGCAGUCCGCCCAGCGCUCGGUUUUCCCCGGGCCCUCCCUGCGGGACGCCUGCUUGUGCACACAGCGGCUACAUGCAAACGCCACGUCUCUGAAGCUGAAAGCCGUUCAAAAUCGGGAACUUCCUCAUUCUUUUUUUUAUCUCAAAUUAUUCCACCGUGUACUCUAGUUUCGUUUUGAUUGUGUUCUGUGGAUCGUGUUUUUUUUUUGGUUUUUUUUUUGGUCGUUUGUUAUUUGAGUGUGAGAAAUGUCGUAAUGCAGGGAGGGGUACAUUUCCUCUACAUUGGUAGAGGUACAUUUCUGUGAACCUUUCUGUUUUCAAUUUGUACUAAGAGUGUUUGACUACCUGCAAGUAUUUUAUUCUCUUUUUUUCUAAAUAGCAAGCUUUAUCAUUCCAUAUAGCUUUGUCUUCAGACGCAGUGUCACCAGAAAAUAUAUUCUUAUCCAGUAUAUUUAUGUUACUUCCUGUCAGACAUUGGGAGCUUUGGUAUGUAAUGCGUAGACCAUUUUGUUUGCUUGCUGUUACAUGUAUUGGACACUAGGGGUCCUGAUACACCAGUUCCAUGCCUCUCCUUUUUCCCUCAGUGCAACACUUUUAAUCGUGCUCGUCAUGCACACCCGCUAGUUUGUCUUUACCUUUACCUCCACUGACUGCUAAGCAGGGGUUAAAAUGUCUUUUGCUUUCCGAUUUUUGAAUUGGAUGAUGAAAGCAUGGUGCAAUUGAAUAUAUGACGAUUACGUCAACUUAAACGUACUUGACGUUGUGAUGCAUUGAGCCCUUGCACCAAGCGCAAGUGUCGUUUUUAGCAUCGCUGGUAGUUCAUUCAGAUUUUACCCUUUUCAUAUGCCAGCAGGCCAGUUUCAUGAUUUAUAGGUCAUAUUUACUGGUUUUAUUUGCUGUGUUUUCAAGGCAUUGGGGAAGCAUUGCAUUUUAAAGACAUUGCCUGGUGGCAAUGUUUAAUAUAUAUACAUACAUCAACAUAAAUAUAUAUUUUUUUAAAACAUCAGAGGAAACAUUUGUUUUCUUAAAUAUACUAGGUCCUCCAUUUUCUGUUGAGGAUUGGUGGAGAGAUCAGCAUGUGUUGUCCCGGGCUGUCACAGCCCGGUUUUAUGUCCUCAGUUUUUAUUCUUGUGCUUGUUUUUAAUGCCCUUGUUUCGUUUUACGCAGCCAAGUGUCAUACUUUGACCGGGAGCUGAGUUGCAUGUAAUCCUUUUGCAGUAUGGAGCCACAAACGGAUUACGUGCACAUGCUCAACAGAAGCUUGAGUAAACGAUAACUCUGUACCCGUGUACAUUUCAUGUGAAGGAUCAGCAUCAGUUUGUGAUGCUGUGUUUGGCGAAGAUGGCAGUAGUCCCCUAGCCUGGUGGCAGGUUACACGCUAGCUGGCCGACGACGUGUAACCCUCACCUGUCUUCAGACAUUUGGUUGCUCGAGUCAUUGUUGAGUCUUAUCUCGCGGACAUCGUGAACUUGCUGGUUCUCUGGCUAUGACAUUUUACCCGUGAUUUGCGAGAUUGCUAGGCCCGCGUAAGCCCUUCUCUGCUAGCUAUGCAGAAUCCGCACUGCUACAGUUCUCACUCCGUACAUCAGACCGUGGUGGCAAAAACAUUUCCAAUGCCUCUCACUAGUUAUCUUUUUGUUACUCGAGCACCAAAGCUCAGUUUCAUAAUGACUAAAAAGUGUUCAUGCGUGUGUUAAUGCAUGCAUGUCAAGUUGAGUCCACCUACAGUACGUUCUGGUUUUUGUGUGGUGAUUCUUUGAUAAGGUGGUUUCAACCAGUAGUGUUCAUACAGUUGCUUUGAAUUCUGCUCUGGUGGGCAUUUGUUGCCAUUUCUAUUGAACUUGUUCCCACACAUCUUUCCUUAUGGCAUGAAGCGUUUGAAGGAAGUACUAUGAAUGCUAGUCCUGAAACCACCUGCAUAUGACUGAUGGUGUGGAAUUAGACGCAGCCUUACCCGCAUUCAUUGCUGUGGUGACAUUGGCUUAGGUGGUAAGAGCUGUCGGCUGGCAGUCAAGAGGGUUGCCGGUUCGAUCCCGCCCUGUAUGUGUCGGAAGUGUCCCUGAGCAGGACACCUAACCCCCAAUCGCUCCUGACGAGCUGGUUGGUGCCUUGCGUGGCAGCCAAUUGCCGUUGGUGUGUGUGUGUGAAUGGGUGAAUGAAAGCGCUUUGGAUAAAUAAUGUAUAAAUGUAAUAUGUAAAUGUUUUACCAUUACCAGAUAUUUACCAUUUACCAAUAAACACUUGUGAACCGCUGAUCAGAAAAGAAACCAUUUUAAAGCUCCAGCCAUUUCCAUUAUUUAUUUUUGCAUUGUUAAUGUUUGUUUAUGUUGAGGUGUAAAAGUCGGGGAAGGGGUAUUCUGAGUUGUGCGCUAUAUUUCAUUAGCUAACUGAAACGAGCUGAUAUCCUAUGUCUGUACCCAUCUCUUUUUGGAUUUCCUGCUUCACAAAAUUGUGAAAGAUGAUGGGAAAUUAGUAGUUGUGAAUUGUGGGUGAUUUAUUUGUUGUUUCUACUGAAAUGGUUGUUUCAUAACCACAGUGUAGUGUAGGAGUGCUGUUAGUAUCACAGUCCGUUAUUGGCCAAUGUGUCCGUUAGGCUUUUGUCCUGGCUUUUGACAGUGUCAUGCCAUCUUUAGCAGAUAGGUGUAUGUUCUGAUGCAUAUGCCUGUAGAGCAUAACUGUUAAGAGAUCAGGUGAUUAGUGAAUGUAAUGUUUAAAAUUCAAACAAAAACAUUUCAAACAGAAAUUUCAUCCACAAUCGUUCGGCUGACAUUUGCACGCUUUACGGCAACUUUUACAUUUGUAAUUUUUAAACUUCGCUUCGAAUAUCGUCGCGAACGUACACGUCGGGUCACUUCCACACUGCACUUCCUGACGUCGGAAAAAGGCGCGUCCCUAUGGAAGUGCGUCAUCUUGCCUCAGCGCCUCUCAUUUUCGUUCAGUGUCUCCGUUUGGUUUAAAUCAGUGUCGAACCGUACAUUAUUCAAAUGAACCGCCGGCCCGUAACAUACGGCACAAGGAGUAAAUGAGUGUUGUGUAAGGAGGGCCGGAUCCCACGUACACAUUGCUGGUUACUGAGGAAUUUGUGGCGAACAGAAGAAAGGCAGAAGCAUGCUGUGUAGGCUGAAAUUCCUCCACUGCGAAGGUCAGCAAGAUGGACAUUCUGUUACUCAUUGGAGGGAAGAAUCUGUACCCUGUAUUCAGCCGUUCAUUGUAGUGUAGUUGUAGCUACAGUAUGCUUAACCAUAAUUCUUACAUUCAUCCAUUAUUUAUCCCAACCAGGUGUUUUGUGUAAUUCACACAAAGCAGAGACUUGUAUUCUCAGGGAUUUUCAAGUUAACUUCAAAAUGAAACCCAAGUAAAAUAAAUGAAAUAAUAUUGGUUCAAGAAGAAGCAUCCGUACAAUACAAAACUCAUUUGUUUUGUUUUUGUUACUCUUGAAGGUUGCGAGCACUGCAUAUUGUGGUUCCAUUAUGUAGGUUUGCUACUGUAAUCGAUCGCACCAUGUUUAAUAAAUGUGUUAACCAAAUUGUCUGUUAUCGUGAUUCAAACUAAGAAAAUGAGUAUAUUUAACAUUAAUUUGUGAAAUAAAAUUCAAGAAUGUUUCAUGGCAUUUACAUUUACUGAUGAAUGAUUAAUAGUGUUGGCUGUAGAGUCUGACGUAUUGUAAAUUCCAAAUAGUGAUUUCUGGAAACAAAGGUGGCUUAAAUUGAAAUGGUUUGCCAGGGGGGGAAAAAACAAUUACUAAAGCCAUUAAGAUGUCCAACUGUAAGGCCCUCAUUCUGUGGAAUGCGGUAUUUGUUGUUAUUGCUUGUGUGGGAACGCAUUAAAACCACUCUCGACUGGG